AUGACUUCCACACUCCCUCCUGACGCCAUACGGCCACCCCCAAACAUGGUCGUCUUCGGUCCCGAUGCCAACUGCACGCUCGCCCUCUGUCCUGUCGAGAUGUCCGUGUACGGCUACCAGCCCUCGCUCGUUGCCAACAUUCUCUUCAUCGCGCUGUAUACUCUCUCCAUGGCCCUACACCUGUACCUCGGCCUCCGGUGGAAGCACUGGUGGUUCAUGGGCUGCAUGCUCGUGGGCGGAGCCAACGCCAUCGCGGGCUACGUCGGCCGCGUGUUGCUGCAUUACAACCCCUUUAGUUUCGCCGCCUUUAUGCUACAGAUUAUCUGCGUCACAAGCGGACCCGUCUACUACUGCGCCGCCAUCUACGUCACGCUCUCCAAUACAAUAACCGCCCUCACCCCCACCACAACGCCCACCCUCUCCCGCCUCCCCCCCACCCUCUUCUACUACAUCUUCAUCCCGUCCGACCUCCUCUCGCUCGUCUUCCAAGCCGCCGGCGGCGCCCUCUCCACCGAGUCGGCCGGCUCCAGCACCCUGGGCGUCAACCUCGCCCUGGCGGGGCUCAGUCUGCAGGUGUUUACGAUUGUGCUGUUUUGUGGGUUCUUUGGCGAUUUCUUGGUGCGGUAUUUUCGGGUGAGGAAGGGGGGUUAUGAGGUGGGGGGGUAUGAGGUGGGGGGGUAUGAGGGGGUUGGGGAUGGGAUGGGGACGCGGCCGGAGGGGAGGAGGUUGAAGCUGUUUUUUGGGUUUAUGGUGCUCGCUGUGGUGCUGAUAUUGGUGCGGUGUGCGUAUCGGUUGGUUGAGCUGAAGGAGGGGUAUGGGGGGGAGUUGGUGGGCAAUGAGGCGUUGUUUAUUGGCUUGGAGGGCGUGUUGGUUCUCGUUGCCGUCUAUUGCUUGAUGAUCGCGCACCCCGGGUUCGUUUUCAAGAGAGGACGGAAGGACAGGUCGUCGGCAAUCAGCCAGCAGGAGCUCCAAGAGUACAAGUGA